CAGGUUUUCCAUCAGAUGUCCCACGGCCAUCAUGCUGGAGUUAAGAAGUCUACUAUACCAGAAGACUCCAUACCAGAAGACUUUGCUCCCUGCCUAUAGAGUAGGAGUAAUGUUUAAAAACAACUGGCUUGCAUUUAAAAUGGAAGACCUAAACUGUAUGCUAAAGUAAGCUCAAUUGCUGUGGAGAUACUAAGCUGGGGUAAGCCAAAUCUUUCUGGAACCAUGAAAAUUUUACUGGCUUUUGACUUUGACAAUACAAUCAUAGAUGACAAUAGUGAUACCUGGAUUGUGCAGUGUGCUCCAGAGAAAAAACUUCCUAUUGACCUACAAAAUUCUUAUAAAAAGGGAUUUUGGACAGAAUUUAUGGGUAGAGUAUUUAAAUAUUUGGGAGAUCAAGGUAUAAGAGAAGAUGAAAUGAAAAGAGCAGUGACAUCAAUGUCUUUCACUCCAGGGAUGGUGGAACUUUUUAACUUUAUAAGAAAAAAUAAGGACAAUUUUAAUUGUAUCAUUAUUUCAGAUUCAAAUUCAGUCUUUAUAGAUUGGGUUUUAGAAGCUGCAGGUUUUCUUGAUGUGUUUGAUAAAGUAUUUACAAAUCCAGCAGUUUUUAAUAGUAAUGGUUAUCUCAUUGUAGAAAAUUAUCAUGCUCAUUCAUGCAAAAGGUGCCCAAAGAAUCUCUGCAAAAAUGUAGUUUUGGAAGAAUUUGUAAGUAAACAGUUAAAGCAGGGAGUGAACUAUACCAACGUUGUUUAUAUAGGAGAUGGUGGAAAUGAUGUCUGUCCAGUCACCUUUUUAAAGAAGGAUGAUAUUGCCAUGCCUCGGAAAGGAUAUACUCUACAGAAAACUCUUAGCAUGAUGUCUCAAAAUCUAGAACCUAUGGAAUAUUCUGUUGUAACUUGGUCUUCUGGUGUUGAAAUAAUUUCUCAUUUACAAUUUCUAAUAAAGGUAUAAUAUGUUAACAAUGGAAA